AUGUCGCUUUUCGGCAAUAUUGGAGGCACCCAGCCUGCUGCGAGCGCGACGCCAGCCUCAACUCCUGCAUUUGGUUCUCUCUUCGGCAACAAGCCUACAGGCACGUCGGCCGCACCAACAACAAGCUUGUUUGGCGGUUUGGGUGGAGCUACCUCAGGUGCUACAUCAAGCACCACACAACCGGCAAGCAGUGGGGGAUUCGGAGGCAGCCUGUUUGGUGGCGCAUUGGGAGGAGCAAAACCAGCUGCAUCUCCAGCUCCAGCCUCAACAGCUCCUACAGGAGGUCUCUUUGGUGGUGCAGCGGCAUUGCAACCGCAGGCGCAAUCAAGCAGCCUUUUCGGCGGCCUUGGAGGCCAAACGCAGCAAUCGACGGCCGCAAACCAAAACUCGAACCCCACGCAAACAAGUGGACUCGGCCAGUCUUCUCUCUUUGGUGCCACCUCGACGCAGCAGCCCCAGCAGCCCCAACAGCAAGGUGCUCCUUUGUCGCAAACGAACACGGGAACCGGCCGAUCAGCGCACUUCGAUCACUUGCUUGAAAGGGGUCGUAAGCGUAAUGCUGGCGAGAAUGGCCUCACUAACUUCGAUGAACUACCGUCGCUGCAGCUAGGGCUUGGAGACAUCGCCCGCAAAGUCCGCAACCUAGGCGCUGGCGGUCCUUCAGCGGCACAGGCGCAAGAUGGCACACAAGAUCGUGCCGCGCACUAUCUGCUCUCCGCGUCUGGCGUAAAGAUGGGCAGCACCCUCCGCGAUCUCAAUCAAUUCUCGUCACAAGCAGGCUACGGCACAAAUGUACCAGCGCAGAACGUAUUCGAUAGCGAUGUCGACGGCUACAUCUCGAACCUCCACUCCCAAUCGACUCUUGCGCUCAUUCAAGAAGGCCUGGAGCAGUCUAAGCGAGACUUCGAUACAUUCCUCGAGGACAACGUUCAAAUUGAGUGGGACAAGCAGCGACAGAAGAUUUAUGAACACUUCGGCCUCGGUAGGCAGAGUGAAGAGAUGGCAGCUUCCCAAAGCACGUUCGGCAGCACAGCAACAGCACGAGGAGCUUUCGGACGAUCAACACGAAAGGGUCGCUCUAUGGGACUCAGAGGCGCUGCAACGAACGGUGCAUCGACGUUCGGGGCAUCUUCAGGCGGACCGCCUGUUAUCGGCCACUCUCAGAGCAUUCUUAAUGGGCGGGACUCUUCCGAGAAGUCGGGCUUCGGCGGGCAGUCUGGCCCACAGGAUCGCCAUGUUCGCGACAAGCAGGAGAAAUUCAUGGAUGAGGUGAAGAACCUCAACGAUGCGAGGCAGCGUGAGGGUCCUUUCUCAGUUCUGCAUGCCUUUUCUGGCGUCGAGAGUGCUACAGCUGGAGAGAAUUCGGAUCACUUCAUCAGCGCAUACGGGGCUCUUGUGUCUAUUGUUGGCGAGCAAACACAGGCGGGUGCGAUCAAUCCGGGAUCAAAGAACCCUAGAUCCCGAAGCUUUGCUCGGGACUAUCUGAACGACACAGCUACAUCGAACACGAGCAUGAAGAUGCGUAAACAAAUCCUGGACGGAUCUCGGAUCUACCUCGAGAAGAAGUUCUUAGAUCAUAUGGAAGAAGUUCUCAAGAAAAACCCGUCCGAGGCUCUGGUCGGCGGUAUCCCUUCGCUGCUCAACAAGAUUCGUGGCUUCGUUCGGGCUAAGGUAGCUUUCAAGGAACUCGGUGCAGAUCUUGAAAUUCUUCAGAGGAUAGGUGAUUCUGGAGAAGAAUAUCCCUGGGUCAUUGUGUUUUACCUGCUGAGAGGCGGUUUGAUGACGGAGGCUGCCGAAUAUGUGCGGGAGAAGAAGAACUUCUUUCAAAAUAACGACCGAAACUUCCACCCCGCCAUAUCGCAUUACGCAACAGACCCUGACCGCAGGCUCAGCCCUGACCUUCAACAAAAGAUUAGCCACGUUCACGCACAGCGUACCCGCAUCGCCACGACCAACGAUCCUUACCGGACGGCAUGCUACAAGAUUAUUGGUCGCUGCGAGAUGAGCCGCCGGAAUUUGGAGCCGAUCAAGGAAUCCAUGGACGACUGGGUGUGGCUGCAGUUCAACUUGGCACGUGAGGGUAACCGAGCAGAAGAGAAUGCUGGUGAGAUCUUCGGUCUCGAGGAGCUCCGUUCUACCAUCAGAGAUAUCGGUCAGCGCCAUUUCAUGAACGACGACGCUGAAGCUGCUGGCGGUUAUGGGGUUUACUUCUACUUGGCCACGCUUGCAGGAAUGUUCGAGCCAGCGGUCAACUACUUGUACCAGCAUAACUAUGUCUCAGCGGUUCAUUUCGCAAUUGCCUUGGACUAUUACGGUCUGCUCAGGGUGUCCGACUGGAGUACCGCAGGUAACGAGAUCCUGACUUACACUACAAAGCAGCAGCCACAACUGAACUUCGGGCGAAUCAUCGGCUACUACACUGGCGACUUCCGUGCUGCUCGAGCUGAUGCUGCAGCCGACUACCUGGUUUUGAUCUGUCUGAAUGCGGAUCUGCCAGGUGAAGCAGGCAAGCAGCAAGCAGAGCUCUGCUAUGAGGCACUUCGCGAGCUUGUCUUAGAAACACGCGAGUUCUCGACGCUCUUGGGCGACGUCAAGUCUAAUGGCCAGACAACACCUGGUCUCAUACAGGAGCGUGCGCCACUGCUCAAGCUGAGUGGCGAGAACGGUCUGAUCAACACUAUCACUCGAGAAGCGGCGAAGAUGGCAGACGAUAACGGCCGUACGAAUGACGCUGUCCUUCUUUGUCACCUCGCUAGUGAAUAUGACAGCGUCAUUUCCAUUCUGAACCGCGCUUUGUCAGAAGCUCUCUCAGUGGAGAUUGGGCAAGAGCCUCUACGUCUGGAGCCGCUGAAGCCGCGACUACUUGCUGCGGAUGGACAACAGCAGCAGCCGAUCGACCAAGCAUCUACAAGUUUGAGCAUGCUUGGAACUGAUGACCCAGUCGACCUGGCACAGAAGGUUAUUGCUCUUUACGACGGCAACAAUUUGUGGUGGCGAAAAGUGACCGAGCUCAACCGCGACACAAUACGUAUCCUGUUCCAGCUCAACGAAGCAAAGAAGAUCAUUGAGGGACGCUCAUACAUGGAAGCUCUUGGCAUGAUUGAAAACCUUCGCAUUCUUCCCUUGUCCGCCAACGGGAACGUGUCGGACAUCCGCUCGUCAGCAAAUAGCUUCAGCUCGUACCCGCCAGAGAUUGCACGCAACAUUGGCAGUGUGCUUUUGUGGUGCAUCGGAUGCUGUUCACGACACCGCGAACAUUUGCUCUCUGGACAGUUCGAGGAUCCUGUGCGUAAGAGGCUGGCAGAUCAGCUGCUACAGAAGGCCAAGGACCUCAUGGUGUUUGCAGGUCUCAUCAGAUACAAGCUUCCUCCGCGAGUGUUUGAAACCCUGGCAAGGGAGGGUCAGGACGUUGGUGCUUAUUGA